CUUGAAGAAACUGUAACAAUUUUCUGUAUAUGAUCUGUUUGAGAUGUUAAUCUGUUGAGUUUUGAAUACUUACAAUAUGGAUUUUACGUUGGAAGAAAUUCGUUGUAUUCUUGAAGAGAUGGGUAUAAAAAACAUUCCAGAAAGUCAUCUCAAACACUUUGCCAGAGAUUUAAAACAUUUAAUGAAACACGAAAAGCAUGUCCAAAAACGAAAGAGAGCUUUAGGAGAAGCUGAUAUUCAAGCUCCAAGACCUACCAACACUCUACCCGCCUCGAAGUUGCUGGAGAAAACACCGCCCAGAACCUCACCAACUAUAUCCCAACCAAUGGCAAGACCCAGUACCAGUUUCUAUCCUCCACACCAACAGGAGAAUUGUAAGUUGGGUGCUGGUAAAAAAUUAUCCACAGAAGACCCAUCUGAUGAUGUCAAAAACAGAGGAACAACAAAAUUUGCAUCAGCAGCUACUCGUUCUGCCUCAAAAGCUGAACUUGACAAAGCAAAGCUUGAAGAAGCAAGAUGGAAGAAGCUCAAGACAGAUCCUGUAAGACUUUAUGGUUGGUAUAAAACACACUGGGAAUUUCAUGGACUUGAUUAACCAAUAGUAAUUUUUUAAAAAAUUCAAUAGCUAUAUCUUUGGUAUCAAAAUAAUGUGUUUUUAUUGCAAUAAACAAAAUUGUGUGACCAGAAAAA